AUGCAUUCUACCACCUUCAUCGCCUGUCUCGGUGCCAUGGCCGCUGCUGCGUCCGCUCAGAGUGGCUACGCCGGUUAUGAGAGUGAAGGCCCUUCAGCUCCGGCUGCGUAUUCGAGCCAAGCUCCUUCUGCGCCUGCUGCGUACUCGAGUGCCUCGCCCUCAGCACCAGCAAGCUACGGAGCGAGCUCUGGUUCUGUUGCGCCAGCCAGUUCUGCAUCCGGGUCUGCCUCUGCGCCGGCGGGUUACUCGAGCGCCUCUGCGGCUGGACCUUACCCUACCAAAAGCACUUCUCCUUCCGGACCUGCAGGAUAUUCCAGCGGUGCUCCUUCGCCUACCGGCGGCGCCUACCCGCCACCGCACGGAGGCAAUGGUACGUAUCCCGGACAUGGCGGACUAACCACAAGCAGCUCUACGGGCACCUCCCCUUCGUCGACGUAUAUGGUGCCUUCCAGCAAUGGCGCAGGUCGGAUCGGUGGCUCCCUAUUGGGCGCUCUGCUGCUCGCCGGCGGUAUCGCAUUGACCAUGUAA